CUCGGCGAGAUGCUGUCAAUGCAGCUGUUACAUGGACAAACAAACUGCGGAAAGCGCUUUACACCGCAAUAGUACAAUUAGCCACGUUACGUGCACCGUGGACACACAAAAGCGAUAUAGAUUAAGUUACUUCGCCAAUGCGUGCAGCGAAUGAACUGGGGGGAACGUACGCAGAAUUUCAACUGCCAGCCGCCGGCCGAGAAAACCUCUCGCACCAGCCGGCUUCCGGGGAUUGAGAGAGUCUACAUCGUCUGACGGGUGACGGCACGGCAGACGUCGCUUCUGUGGUUCGGCCAGGGGGAAAGGGCGAACUAGCACAUCUUCGCUGAUAUGUCAAGAAAACUACAGCGGACGGAAAUCUGCGCCGACUGCAGUGCGCCAGACCCGGGCUGGACCAGUAUCAACCGAGGUGUACUGAUCUGUGAUGAAUGCUGUUCAGUCCACCGCAGUUUAGGUCGCCAUAUCUCCAUAGUCAAGCACCUGAGGCACAGUGGAUGGCCGCCUGCGUUAAUGCAGAUGGUUCAAACGUUGGCUGGCAAUGGGGCCAACUCCAUAUGGGAACACAGUCUUCUGGAUCCCGCUCAAGUGCAGAGCGGUCGAAGGAAACCCAACCCGCAGGACAAAGUCCAUCCCACAAAAUCUGAGUUCAUCAGAGCCAAAUACCAGAUGCUGGCCUUUGUGCACAAGCUACCCUGCCGCGAUGACGACGGCGUGACCACCAAGGACCUCAGCAAGCAACUUCACUCAAGUGUGCGAACAGGAAGUUUAGAGACGUGUCUUCGGCUGCUGUCCCUCGGCGCUCAGGCCAACUUCUUUCAUCCAGAAAAGGGUACUACACCUCUCCAUGUGGCAGCCAAGGCAGGGCAGAUUUUACAAGCUGAGCUACUAGUGGUGUACGGCGCUGACCCCGGAGCACCUGACAUCAAUGGACGCACACCCAUGGAUUACGCCAGGCAGGCGGGCCACAUAGAGUUAGCCGAGCGACUGGUUGAAUGUCAGUAUGAGUUGACAGACCGGCUGGCCUUCUACCUUUGUGGCCGGCGCCCAGAUCACAAGAAUGGCCAUUACAUCAUCCCUCAAAUGGCAGACAGAGCUCGUCCUAAGUGCCCAACACAGAGUCUGGACCUCUCCGAACUUGCAAAGGCGGCCAAGAAAAAGCUGCAAGCGCUGAAUAAUCGUCUGUUUGAGGAGCUUGCUAUGGAUGUCUAUGAUGAAGUGGAUCGCAGAGAAAAUGAUGCAGUGUGGCUUACUACACAGAACCACAGUACUCUGGUUACAGAGCGAAGCGCUGUGCCUUUCUUACCAGUCAACCCUGAGUACUCGGCCACGCGCAACCAGGGUCGUCAGAAACUUGCACGUUUCAAUGCUCGGGAGUUUGCUACUCUCAUCAUUGACAUCCUAAGUGAUGCCAAAAGGAGACAGCAGGGGAAAGGUCUCAGCAGUCCAACUGAUCCAUUGGACCUAGGAUUUGAUGAUGACCAGCAUGACUAUGAUAGCGUAGCCUCUGAUGACGACACAGACAGCGAGCUGACCACCCAAAAUAACAACAACACCCAACGCAACAACCGUGCAAAGAGUAUGGACUCAUCUGAUUUGUCCGAUGGGCCCAUCACUCUGCAGGAGUACCUGGAGGUAAAGAAAGCCCUGGCCUCUUCGGAAGCCAAGGUGCAGCAGCUGAUGAAAGUCAACAAUAACCUCAGUGAGGAACUCAGGCGGCUUCAGAAAGAGAUCACACGGAUGCAGACAGAGAACAGCGCGCUACGGGGUGGCCAGCACGCUGGGGGUCCAGUGGGCCAUGGGGUCGGUGGCCCUGGUGGAGGAGGAGGAGCAGGGACCAGCUGGCUGGGUGGCGGGAUGCGAACAGUAAUUGGUGGAGGUUUGCCUGUAUUGGGGAAAGGACUUGACCACCCAGGACUCACAGUGCCCUCCUCAGCCACCCCGCAGUCCCAUCCCCAUCGGAGAGACCGCCAGGCCUUCUCCAUGUAUGAACCCGGGGCUGCCCCCAACCCCACGGCCCAUGGUCCCCCAGCCCUGGACUCCCCGGCAGCCCGCCUGCAGCCCCUCAACACACCCAGCGUAAGGAAGGGUAGUACAGGUGGUUUACCUUCGUACGGAGGACAACAUUUGUCUGGAUCUUCAGAAAUGGGCCGAUACAUGACUUCCAAAUCGGAUAAGCAUGGGAGUGGUACUGACAGCGACUACGACAACACGCAAACGUACGACCCCUCGAUAAGCAUGGGUCGCAGCAGCGAGGAAGACGGGCGUGGGGAGGCUGAGGAGGGAGGCGGUGGUGAGAUGGGCGAUCCAGACCCCACCUUGCCAUGCACGGAGGACGUCAUACUUAAGACUGAGCAGGUGACCAAGAACAUCCAGGAGCUUCUCAGGGCAGCUCAGGAGUUCAAACAUGAAAGCUUUGUACCGUGUUCUGAGAAGAUCCACUCUGCGGUCACUGAGAUGGCCUCACUCUUUCCCAAACGCCCGGCCCUGGAUGCAGUCCACAGUUCACUCCGCCUGUUGGCCUCCAGCGCCUCGCGCUUACAGGUGGAGUGCCGCAAGGCAGCGCCCUCAGAGCCCGGCGCUCCCGCGGUGGACUAUCAGCUCCUCACUCAGCAGGUCAUCCAGUGCGCUUACGACAUAGCCAAGGCCGCCAAGCAACUGGUCACCAUCACCACUCGAGAGAAGAAACAGUGACACACUGCAAAAUGCUGAGAGAAGGGUGGGUAAAAGAGGAAAGGGGGCAGGUCCAGUGGGGUCACACUAUUGGGUGGCGGACAAGGUGGGUGGGGAAAGACAAGUUCGGACUAUGCAUGGGAAGGAAUCGGAUGAAAAUGUUACGGAUUCAAUGAGCACAGAGAAGGAACGGGCGGAGGGAUCCAAAAUGGAAAAUGACAGCUUUCUGAACUCAACGUGUAAGAUAAAUGGCUUUAAGUGCGAUGCCGACAAGAACGCAUGAUGGUGCUGAUGUACAGUUAAUCGCAUCGUUGACAUGUUGCAACUUCCUUUAUACCCCUGCCCGUUGUUCCUCAUCCCACCGUCAGCUCAACACCCGGACCAACAUUCAACUGUGACAGCCUGUCUUUUGCGCUCCCUUGCCUUACUAGGCUGGAUUAGUGGACCCCCAUUCCACAGCUUCAUGCAUCGUCUUCUCCGGUUUGCCUCGUGCUACCUGUAGUGGAGGUCCAUCAUGGCAUGUUCUGGCAUGUUUCUUUCUCAGUUUCCCUUCGAACAGGCAGAUUUGGAAUGGAUCGACAUCUCUAAAAACAAUUAACACUGGAAUAAUUGCGAUGUAUUUUAUUUUUUGUUUUGUAUUGAUAUUUUUACUGAUUUGUUUCAUGUUUGUCGUCGUCUCACUUAUGAUUCUCAUUUAGUGGCGCAGGGAGUCUUUGUUCACCCUCUUACUGGGAUUUAGCUGAAACAACCUGUGAAGAGUCCUGAGGAUUUCUCAAGCACUCUUUUGGAGUGACAUUUGCUCCUUUUAAAGAGACACUCAAUGGCUGAGAUUGGUAUCAGGUGCCAAAGCGUUUGGAUUGAAUGGUCAGACCAAAAACCCCUUGGUCUUGUUUUAUGACAGGACCUGGAUCGCAAUGUUUUAAUCAAACCUCAAUUGUCUUUUAUUGUCCAUUUUUUGUGUGUGUGUGUGUCUGUGUCUCUUAUAAUUUGCCUCAUUUUACCGCUCCAGUGGAAUCAUCUCAUUAUUAGUCGUUGUCAAAUGUUGCAGUUCAGCAGUCUGGAAGCCAUUGCAAGAUAUGUUUUGCUGAUGUAUGUCAUUUGUUAUUGAUUUAGUGUUCAAAUUUUUUAGCUGACUGGUGAGCACAAUCAAGCCCUGUGUUUUAUUUUUCUUAAUUCUGCGUCGGUGUGAUCUUCUGAUUUUGCUCACGGAAUUUAACAAUCUCAGAGGGAAAGAGCAUUGUGAACACAGAUACCGGUAGUUGGCCUUGUACAGGUGACAAAACAAGCCCGCUGGCUUUCUCACCCUCAAAAACGCAGUUAAGACUAACAUUUGACCUUGCCAAGUCCCAUCCAGCACUUUGAAUUCAUGGAUCACCUUCAGCACUUGAGCCAACUUUUUCAAAUUGGUCAUUUGAUUUGCUCACGUCUUAUCUGUCGCAAGUCUCCAUAGGUGAGGGUUGAUUGUUUGCCAUGACCUAAAACGACUCUUGCAAUGUAUCAUUGCUUGAUACUGAAUGCCUUUGCACAUAAUCAUCUCAUGUUUGACUGGCUGCAAUGUUCUGACUGCUGCAACAAUAGAACUUCCAUCGAUAAGGCUCCUCUCUCGCUAAAGUUUUAGACCAGGUCAGUCUGUGUGUUUGUCUAUUUGUUAGUCCAAGUGGGCUUUAGGGCGUGAGCAUCUAGUUAAGGUUCUGCCUUGAGAGUGUGCUUGCACAGUGGCGGGAACAAGAUGGAGCUAGCAGGUGGACUCACAUCUGCAGCGCUCAAUGCACUCUCCUCACGGUCAUACUUCAUGCAUUAGGCGCUUGAUGCAAAGGCUGCCUUAUGUGCGGCGUGGUGCAAUAGGAAAAGGUCUGAAGCAUGCUUGGGUUCAGCACUAAAAAUCAUCUCAGAGUAGCUUGGGGGAGGGAGAAAAAAAAUGCACUUGGCACCUCUCAGUACCUUGAUAAGUGAACACUAAGUAGAGUGUGAAUGUUGACUGGUUUCAUCUCAUCGUGCCCAGCAGACUUUUAUUUCUCCAUCUGCGCAUACUUUUAGCAUUUAAAAAAAAAAAAAGUCAUCGGCUGGACCAAGCCUUCCAUCAGCCAGUGAUUUAUUUGAGCCUAGCCCAAUCCAGAACCACUGGCCGUGCACUGUGGCCUGUUGGGUUGCUGUCCUUGAGCAUCACCCCACGGGCAUACAUUUUGGGAGAUGUGUGACGGGAGCAUUGUCUUUUAGAAGAAAAACACUAAGAAAAAUGUAUAAAUGUAGAGACGCAGAACAAUGACUUCAAAAGGUCAGUUGUAAUGGAAACUCAUAAGCUGUACAUUUGUAAUAAAACAAGUUAAUUGUC